AGCCUGAUGGGGGACGAACAGCCAUCCAUUCAAAAACAGGAUUCACAGGAAAUAUCAAAAGAGAUUGGUGAACACGAAUUAACGUCUGAGAAUUCAGUAGAUGGCUCUACAGCAAAAACAGCUGAUAAUUCAGUGGAUGGUACUGGAAUUCAAAAAACCAAGAUUGAUGUAUUGUUGAAAGCGACCGGAAAUGCUCCAAUUAUGAAACAGAAAAAGUGGACUAUUGAUCCUGAUAAGAAGAUUGCGUGGAUAAUAGAAUUUGUGAAGAAAUAUCUAAAGUUUGAUCCUCAAGAAUCGUUGUUUUUAUAUGUGAACCAAGCGUUUGCACCAGCUCCUGACCAGACAGUAAGGAACCUUUACAACUGUUAUGGAACUGAUGGCAAACUCAUUCUCCAUUACUGCAAGAGUCAAGCAUGGGGCUAGUCGCUAGUGUGUGCUGUGCUUGUAUUAUCAGACCAUGCUGUAAAAAGACUGAUGUGUUUGUGGAUAUCAUUGUUUUGAUAACUGUAAAUAGGUGGCCUGCAUUCUGUAAGUAUUUUGUUGCAACUAUGUUAUAAGUUCAUUUGUAUUUUUAUGUAUCAUUCAUUGUAAUAUACCUGUUUUUAUCACUUUGAAAAUGAAAUUAUUUUGAAUCAAA